GCAGGAACUCAACAACUAUUUUUCACAUAAUACAUUGAAUCCAAAAACUUCAACUAGCUCUUCUUUAUCCUCUCCUCAUUACCCACACACCAACUCUCACUCCUCUAUUCAUCAUGCAUUUCACCAAGUUCUACGUUGCCAUUUCAUUGAUCUCUUCCGCUAUUGCACUGCCCAUUUCCGGCACUUCAAUAGAGAGAAGAGCAUUGCAAUUCCGCGAAUAUGCCGAUUUUCAGAUUUCUGAUGGCGAAGCGGGAAAUGCCUUAGCUGAAGCUCAAGCAAAAUUUCCGAUUGAUACAUCCAAUUUGAAAGGGGUCUCAAGCUCAGAUCUCGCCAUCAUCAACGCGGCUCGGGAGACUGCAGAGGCCGCUGAGACUGAUGCUUUCAACGGUCAAAUCAAGGCUGCUAGCGGCUCUGCUGCAACGGCGCUUCAGAAUGGCAAGAUCAAGAACAAGGUUCUGAAGCUGUUCUUGGAGGUGUCAGCUCUUCAGAUCCAACAAGCUCAGGGCAAGGACAACCAGGACAAAAUUGAUGAGGAACAAACAAAGCUUAACAACAACAUUAAGCUGGAUACAAAGGCGGCUGGACAGACGAGUACAGGAGUUACCUUUACAGAAGAUGUUCAGCCUAAGAAUUAGAUGAAAGGGCGGAUUUAAUUUUACACUUAAUGCUUGAGAUUAGCGAUGCAUGCUUGCUGGUCAAGUCAUGAAUAUAAUCAUUGUUAAUCCCAUACCUUUUUUUACUAGUAGAAAUUGGAGCCAGAUCAUUGUGAUGCGCAACA